AUAUGAUUUCGCGCCAAAUGGAUUUCAAACUGGAGUAGAAGCAGAGUGAGAAGGGACGCCAUAGCUGAGACUACCUCCAGAAAUCUUGUCCCAUCCUCCGCUAAUUCUCUAAAUUUCCAGCCUAACUCCAACCCUAAAGCAAGCUAAAGAAUACCACUACCAUACUGCGUCAAAAUUUCGGGCAAAUUUUACCGAGAAAGCGGAAAAAUAGACGACUAAAAUACCCCGAUUUGACAGGUCAGAGUUUAGGAUUUCGGACAAAGGACGAUAUCACCAAGAUGCCGAGAGGACCCUCCCCUGGUUCCCGUCGCGCUGUAGCGGCCGCACAGAAAAAACUCUCAGGUUCUCAGUACUUUAUUCUAUCGUCUGGGAUCACCAGCCCGCUCCAGACCGCUGAAUACUUCGUCAGCGGGUCAUCGGACGUGAAGGUUCGGGCGACCCCGCAACAAGCUACCGCCCAGCAAAGCUUCACGACCCCGAGCAAUGGCUUCGGCGAUAAGGGACCAAGACCUGCUCUAGGAAGACCUCCGGCCAAGAGAAAGCUGGAAUUAGAUGGAGGCAUUUUGGACGACACUUUCAAGUCACCAACUAAAAGUACAAAGAAGAGAGGAAGUCCAAAAGCCAAGUCGCCCCUGGAGAAGACGAGAUACGACACAUCGCUCGGCCUCCUGACUAAGAAGUUUGUUGGCCUCCUUGGGAGUUCUCCUGACGGAAUCGUGGACUUAAACCAGGCAGCUGAGGUAUUAAAUGUACAGAAAAGAAGAAUCUAUGACAUCACAAAUGUGCUGGAAGGCAUCAACUUGAUCAAGAAGAAGUCAAAGAAUCAUAUAGAAUGGAGAGGUUCUCCCAUCACGCCCAAUGGCCCGGCAAGAGUGGCCACACCUGCUGUCAUGGAUUUACACUCAGACCUUGCCGAUCUAGAAGCCAAGGAGAACCUGUUGGAUGAGCUUAUACGACACUCCAGUACCCAACUCAAGCAUCUGACAGAGGACGCAGAAAAUAAAAAGCAUGCGUAUGUUACGUACCAGGACAUUCGCAGCAUCAGGACCUUUGAGGAGCAGACAGUCAUCGCGAUCAAGGCUCCGCCAGAAACCAGACUGGAGGUUCCUGAUCCUAGAGAGAGCAUUCAGAUCUGGCUGAAGAGCAGUAAAGGCCCCAUCGAAGUCUACCUGUGCCCCGAGGAACAGAACAGCGAGGAUGCUGGGAGUUCUUCCUCCGAGACCACCGGUUCCGAGGGCUCGAGUUCAGUCAGCGGUUCCCCGUGUAGCGUAAAAGGUAGCGAACUCAAAACCAACGUCAUGUCUUGUAGUAAGGGUAGCGUUAAGGCGGAGGGUGGUAGCGAGUGCUGUAAGUUUAGCUGGAUGGGUGUAGGCGGGCAGUAUCUGUAUUGUAACGGUGGAAGUAAAAAGUGUAGCGGCUGUGUCCCUGAGAAACAUGAUGUAAGGACUGUGAAUGUACCACCAAAGGUUCAUAGUUCGAAUCCCGAGGUCAAGUUUGAAGGGCAGGGAAGUGAGGUUGUCGUCCCGACGGCGCCGUUCUUGAUGUACGAUUGUCAGGAGUUUGCUCAACCGUGGGAGGGGGGUGCAAGUUCUCUGGCUACCUUCUUUGACGGAAAUAUCACCUCCGCUCCUUCAUUUGAGGUAGAAAAUGGCGGGAGCGUUGUUGAAACUUCUGGAAGUAAACCGGUUCACACCGGUGAGGCCGAAGCACCACCUGUUGCACUUGAAACGUUUGAUGUGGGAGAAUUUCCUGAUUUUGAGUUUAUCCGUGCCUUUAUCCAUGGCACUGAAAACCCCCAUGCAGACCCCAACAUUGUCGAAAAUGGGUUCCAUUGAAGGCUUUUCUUGUUGGUGAAAUUGAAAGAUUAUAGAAGAGAGAAACGUUGAUGAAACAAGUUGUAAAUCAAAAGAAUUAUGAUUUCGAGUUCAUCCGUGCCUUUAU